CUUUCGUCUUCCUCGACCUCUCCAUUCCAAUCAUCUCUCUCUCUCUCUCCGUGAGAGACUUUAACGUCACGAACACGCAAGCUCAAGAUGGUGAGAAAAUGCAGAAAAGCUCAAGGGACGGUCGGAACUUCGUCUACGUAUAUGCAGCUUCGUAGUCGGAGAAUCUUUUACAGAUCGGAAAAGGCUAAUAAUAAUGGAGUUUCUUCGUCGUCUUGUUGUGAGAGUAACAACAAUCGAGUUAUAGAUCUGGAGGAGGAAAGAGAUGGUGAGGCCGAAACGUCGUCGUGUCGGCUGAGUAGUAAGAGGAAGCUAUUUGAAAACCUCAGAGAGAAAGAAUCAAUGGAGAAUUCGCAGCAAAUAGUAGCUGGUUUUGAUUCCGCCUUGAAAGAAUCAUCGGAUUGUUGUUCCAGCCGGAGAAGAACUUUGUCAACGACGGAGGUGAAGGAGAAACCAAGGACGGAGCAACCUACGGCAGAGGAGAUUGAAGAUUUUUUCGUGGAAGCUGAGAAACAGCUCCAUGAUAAAUUCAAGAAGAAGUAUAACUUUGAUUUCGAGAAGGAGAAGCCAUUAGAAGGACGCUACGAGUGGGUUAAAUUAUCAGAGUAAUGAAGAAAAUGAAGAUGGUGAUGAUGAAGCAUACGUUUAUUUAACUUUUAGUGUCUAAUUUUCAGAUAAUAAUUCCAAUUUUUUUAUUUUCCAAAUAGAAGCUUUUGUGAGGAAAGAUUUGUAGCAGAAUGUUUGAAAGUACAAAUCUGCACAGAAAGAAAGGCUUUUUGGGUUUCAGAAGCGAUUUUGUUUUCUGCAAAACUGAAAAAAGAUAAACCCAGAAAUGUUGUGUCCUUUUGCUUAACUCUUUCUCUUCUUCUCUCUUGUUGUACAGUUUUGUUUUGUUUUGUGGACAAUUUAUUGCUGUAUCCCCACUCAUUUUUUGUCCUCUCAUCUUAUUGAUCUUUCCGAAAAAUUCCC